GUGGCUCAGUGCCCAGGGCAACACGAGCGGCGGUGUGUGUGUGUGUGUGUAUGUGUGCAUAGCCUCUCCCCUCCGCUUUUGACUUGGAGUCCCAGAGGGCUGUGAGUGCCCCCUAGCAGCUAACUGUUGCUAGGACCAGGUGAAUUUUUCAGAAGUCUUAAACUUUGUUAGACAUGAAAUUAUUUUUCGAAAAAAAAAAAAAUGUGAUGUGUCCGUGUUGAAACAGCGAGUGAUAUUUGUGCAUCUUAAGUAAAGCAAAUUGGUGUGUUGGUGACGAGUGUUGUUAUAGCCAAGACGGACUGCUCGAGUAUCAACCAGAGGCUGUGGGUGAUGGUGGAGGAGGCCAUCUGGCCGUGGUAGGGUGUAGGUACAACCCCCUGUGCCCCAUGACGGAGAGGCCCAUGCCUAUCAGCAGCCAAAGGACGCCACUGCCCGUCCCUUGUCCUCAGUUUGCCCCCCGCCGCCAUGCUGAAGCAGCACGGGGGGGCAGACGGCGCAAUGUGCGUCCCAGACGACCGUCCACGCAAGAAACUUUCUUUCCGGGAACCCGAAGUGGUGGUUCCAUCCAGGAACAGUAGUCACUCAGCUACCCUCUCUCACAGACACCAGGGUGUGGCUCUACACUCGGUCCUCCUCAACCACGCUCAGAACCAUCACCACCAGUCUAGACACACACUUGGCCGCCCUCACAGCAUAGCUGGCAUCGUGGGUUUGGGUGGUUUCAGUGCCUUGGGCGGCGUCCCGGGUGUAGCCAAUCUAACAGGAGCGGGCACUCAGUGUGUUACCUCGCCUGGAACAGUGUCUGGUGUAACUACUAUGAUGGGCAACCCAGGUCUCCUUGGCCCCACCUCUGCACCAGGCAUUUUGGCCGGGCCCGCAACACCCAUAUUAACCCCACCCACAAGCCCCACCCACAGUGCCUCUAGCCAGCUCGCCACACCCCCGGUACGGGCGUGGCAGAGCAGCCAGCCGUCAGCACCCACCAGUAAGACAGUGCCCACACAGACCUCCACACCCUCAGGAAAGGCAGGAUCAUCUCAGGUGACAGCAUCCUCAUCAAAAGGUGUUGCCAGUCAAUCACCUGCGCCAUCACUCAAGAUGUCUGCCAGUCAGCAACCCCAGACUCCCACUACAAAGUGUGUUACCAGUCCACUAUCAAGUGCAAGAUCAUCCGUCCCACAGUCGCCCAUACAUCAUAAUAAAGGUGGGCCAUCGCAGACACCCACACCUUCUGGGAAGUCCCUCCCUCCUAGUGGCUGUAAGGCAACGGGUCACUCUAAGCCGACCAAACCUGCCUCGAGAAACAGUUCGUUAAGAAAGCAAAGGUCGUCGCCAGUACAACAAGUAGUGACUUUCCUGACGGAGCGAGGGGUGGUGAACGGCCGCCCUCGCAAUUAUCACAGUGAUAAGGCCGCUACUGUUAGUCUGGAAGACAUCGACCUGGAGAGUCAGGCAAUGAGGAUAGUUAGAACAGUGGGUCAGGCGUUUGAGGUGUGUCACAAGAUCUCAGUGAAGGACACUCCGCCCUCCCCAGAACCAGCUGAAGAUGAAGCCAGCGAACACGGCUCAGAUGCAUCAACAGAAAAACUCAAGAAAGAUCUCCUGGAUACAGAGAGCACGCAGGAAGAUCUGGUUACUCUCACUCCCUCCGACUCCAUCAAUGAAGACUCAGUUGAGCACUUGUUGCAGCGACCUAACAAACUGGAGCCUCUUGCUCCACCUGUUGGCUCAGACAUUCUCUCUAAGUUAGUACAGUUAAUACAGUUGUAUGAUGCUGAUGAUUGGGCAGGGUUUCUCAAACUGAUGCUGCCUGCAAGAUGCAUUGCCGCCGCAGUAUUGUCAAAUAUUGUACAUUUCCGUGCAUCGGCCGGGCCAGCCCAGAUUGCCAGAUGCCACGGACCAGAGGCGUUCCUAGCCCCCACCCUCCCACUGAGGGGCGUGAUGGGCGUGGCCGAGGCGCCCACGAUGCAGGGCGUGGGCGUGGACGAGUCUAGCACUGUCUGUCAGGCGUGUGGAGGGCGUGGGCGAGCGCGGGCUGCUCAGGCUUCUCCCUGA